AUGAAUAUUGCGUAUACGGCAGCGAGUCGUUUGCGUGCGGGUAACGUUUACGUGAAUACUUUCAAUGAUACGAAUCCGAUGGUGCCGUUUGGUGGUAUGAAGCAAUCUGGAUUUGGGCGAGAGAAUGGAGUUGCGGCGCUGGAGGCAUUUUCACAAGUGAAAAGUGUUUUCGUGAAUGCAUCGAAGCAACUCGACAAUCCUUUUAUUUAG